AUGUCCAAUGUAGAGCUAUUGGCACAAGCUCGGGUACCACAGUGCUCUAUCUCAUACAUGUUAACUCACUACCCUCAUUCACUGCAAAUGAAAUGUGAUAAGUUUAAGAGCAGUGUGGACAAAGCAAUUAAAAUGGGAUUUGACUGCUCGAGGAUGCAGUUUAUUCGGGCAACUUACGUGUUGUGUGAAAUGAGUGAGCAGGCGUGGGAGAACAGAAUCAAGGUUUAUAGGAGGUUUGGUCUAUCAGAUACUGAGAUCCUAUUGGCAUUUAGAUCACAUCCUUUCUUUAUGAAGUUGUCCGAGGAAAAAAUUAGGAGGGGAAUGGAGUUUUAUGUAAAGGAGAUGAGCUGGUCUCCAGCCAAUGUUUCCCGAUCCCCAAUUAUCCUCUUUUACAACAUGGAGAGGAGGAUCAUACCAAGGUGUCGUGUGAUUAAGAUGUUGAUGGAGAAAGGUUUGGUGAAGAAAUAUUCUCUUGCAAACUUUUUGUCAUUUACUGAUCAGCGAUUCAUGAAAACAUUUGUGCAUAAGUAUAAUAAAGAUUUGCCUGAUAUUAUGGAUGUAUAUCGUGCUGCACAGGUCUUGUAG